AUGCAAGCUAUGAAUGCGAAAGAGCAACAGGAAAAUAUGGGAGAAAAGAGAGAGAAGUCUGAUUCGAAAUCAUGCCAAGAACAGUUCCAGUCUGAUGAGAUGAAUCCCAAACGUAUUGUUAGAAAGUAUCACAAACAAGUUGACGGAGCACACAAUGGAAAUUCCUAUAAAAGUCGGAUGGAUGUUAAGCACUUCCAUACAGGACAAAAGACAAGUAGCAUGCUCUCCGGCCGCUUGCUCACUGUUUACUGCGUAGUCUUUAACACUUGCUUCGUAUGGAGUUGCACAACGAAGGCACCAAAGUGGGACCGGAAUACGUUUUUAAAAAAACACAACGAAUAUCGCGAGAUGGUUCGAUUGGGCCGCGUUCCUAGACAACCGGCCGCUGUGAACAUGAAAAACUUGACUUGGAGCUCAAAGCUAGAAAAUGACGCAAAAACUUGGGCAACCCGGUGCGUGUUUAAGCAUGUGGACAAGGCCUACAGUAGUGACGGUGAAAACAUUGGCGCAUCAUCUGAUAUCAACUAUGAUUCGGUCAAAGCUUGGUACGAUGAAUACAAAGUAUACAGCUUUGGACCAAUUAGCUCUCACAAUCUCGCAGCUACGGGACAUUAUACCCAGAUCGUUUGGGAGAAUACCACAGAGGUCGGAUGCUAUCGACAUUUGUGUCCAUACUUGUACAUGAGCAGUGGUGCACCCAUGAAAAGUGCCUAUUUUUCGGUUUGCCGCUACAGCCCACCCGGAAAUUACUUUGGUCAGGAACCGUAUGACAGAUCUGGUCGUAUAGCGAAAGCUGUGAGCGAAGAUUGCUAA